AUGGCAUACAAGCGGCCGCGCGCGCCUUCUCCAACCAACGCCCAAAAGCGUUCUCGCGGCGGACAAACAGCCUACAUAUCCCUUGGCACCGAGCUCCCUGAUGAAGAUGGAGAUGACGGGGCUUUCGUCCCUGUGUGGAAGCAAACUGUAACAGACGAGAAGGGUAGAAGGAGGCUUCACGGCGCAUUCACUGGAGGUUUCAGUGCAGGAUACUUUAAUACAGUUGGAUCUAAAGAAGGAUGGACCCCGAAAACGUUCGUUUCCUCCCGCGCAAACCGCAACAAAGACCAGCCUAGUGGUCAAGCCCAGCGAGCCGAAGACUUCAUGGACGAGGAAGAUCUGGCGGCAGCAGCAGAGUCACGGCAGCUAGAGACUGCGCAAAACUUCGCUGGUAUAGGCGAAGCUGGACGCGCGAACGACGAUGGACUUUUCGGCCUCUUCGUAACUCAGGAAGAGACAAUGGGAGUGAAGCUCGCGCAGAAGAUGGGCUGGCGACGAGACCAGGGCAUUGGUCGCAAAGUGCGCCGAAAUGCCGACCUUGAAGAUGGUGCAUCCGGUUCCAAGGACGAGUCAGCUCAUAUGUUUGCACCCCAAGAUGCUCGGAUCAUGACCUUGCCACGAGAAGAGGUCCGUCGCAAAGGCUUGGGAUACACAUCAGAAGCCCGCUUGGGCGUUGUAGAGGAAAACGCUGGGGACCAGUCAUCCAAGUUCGACCUGCACUAUCUCGAAGGUCCGAAGAAGGCAUCAACCGUAAAGAAGCCCGGGCUGAAGAAAUCUUCUUUUGGGGUUGGUGUGCUCAACGACACUGGUUCUGACGACGAAGAUCCUUACGAACUGGGCCCAAAAAUUACGUUCAAUAAGACCAUAGGCAAAGAGAAGAAAGUGAAGAAGCCCAGCAAGUUCGCCAAAGCAGGAGCGGGAGAAAAGGUUGUCUUUGUUCCGAAGAAGAGUUCGUCGAAGGCUUUGGUCUCGCUAAGCAGGCCAUCUAUAGAUGGAAGAUCUCCGUUACCUGGUUUCAUGUUUGCGACUGGUCUCACAGACACUACAGGCAAGCCUAAAUAUCCUCCGCCGAAGAUACCACCCGGCUGGAAAUCUUCCAAAAGCGCCACUCCAACUUCGGAAUCGAAAGAGUAUCAAUCCGUAGCCGACGCGGCGAAAGCAUCAACACUGGAUGCAAAGGGUCGUUCAGCACUCUUGGGUGAGAAGGCUUUGCCCGGAAAAUCCAUUUUCGACUUCAUACCCAAAGAAGCUCGAGACCGUCUGGCUGCAGUAUCCGGUAGGGCUGAUCUACCCCAAGGCUUGGGAGAGGCUGCUCCUGAAGGGCAUUUACCUGCGAACAAAGCCCAAGCAAAGGAUCUGUGGGGCCUUGUGCCCAAACUCGAGAAGAGCGUGGCAGCUGCGGCGCUGGCCAAGGGGGCGACUGGCUGGAUGCCAUACGAGGAGGAUAAGGCGAAGCGUGCACGCUAUGUUAGCUUUUUAGAGUUGAAAGCAGGACUGAAAGAAGAUUUGCCAAAUCGAAACGAUGGCGUAUCAACCACAGAUUGGGUCAAGGAGCUGCAGGAGUUUGCACAUGCUGCAGAGGUGUUCAAGCCUACGACUGGCAUCAUGGCAUCCCGGUUCACGUCUUCCUCGUCGUCUACCCUGAAUGGGAGUGGUAGUGGAGCAGCGACUGACAACCUUCUACGACAACCAGCCGCAAAGCCAGAGGAUCCUGCAGAGCAGGCUGCAAAGCUAGGCAUGUACGGCCCAAUGACUCGAAGCAGCUUUCCCUUUUAUCCGUCACGACUCUUGUGCAAGCGCUUCAACGUCAAGCCUCCGCCAGACAUGCCACCUGAGUUUGAUGCUGGUGAAAACCACUUCAAAUCCCAGACGGAGGAAGCCGUGUCUAAGUCAGCCAUGGAGAAAUUGCAGCACGAGUUCUUGACUAAUGGUCCUGCUCUUCAGCGACCUGCCUGGAUGGGGCAAACGCCCGAAGCCUCUACUCCUCCUGCUGCUGCUACAGCUACUCAAGAGGGCAAACAUGCAGUUGUGGACGUGGAGAAAAACGAUGCUCUAUCCACCGAACGUGCCUCCGAAGAUGUUUUCAAAGCCAUCUUCGGAGACGAUGAUGACGACGAGGACUAA